AUGUUCUCUUCGAAUCCUCUGUUUUCAUGCAUUAUCACUUUUUGCACCUUGGUUUUCCUCUACUUGCCUCAUCUUUUCUCGAAGAUAGUUUUAUCACCAGUGCUUAUUCUCACCGCGAUUCUCUUGCUCACAAUCCUACGUGUCGGUGCAAUUCAAAGGUCUCAGCAUGAACAAAAGGAAAAUCCACAGAAAUACAGAGAAGACAAACAGAAACAGAGUUCAACAUGUUCCAUUGAAUCGAAGGAAACCCAGUCUUUGGCGAAAGUUCAACAGUGGAAUAAUUCUUGCGACCCUUCUGAAAUUGAGGUGAAUUCCGAAAUGGGCUUUGAAUCAAGUUCGUGUUUUGUGGAAUGGAACGUGAGAGCCCCAUUGGAUGUGAUAUACGAAGAGUACGAAGGUGAAGAAAAAGGGAAUGAUCCAAAGGAGAAAGAAGAAAAUCAGAAUAUGGGAAUUUCGAAUUAUCCUUCGCUGUCUCGUUACUACCCGGAAUCUGAUUCGGAUAGCUCGUCGGAUGAUUGGGAUUCGCCGGAGGAUAUGUGUUUCCGGUGGGACGAAGAAGACAGGGAAGGGUUGAUUGAGAUAGCUUUAGAUGGUAGUAGCAAGGUGGUGAAGAGGGAGAUGGAGUUUCAGUAUGAGGAAGAGAACCUGAUUGAGAUUGAUAUUUCUCCGACGAGGUAUAAAGAACUUUCCGGCAACCAUGAGGCUCUUUCCGGUGAGAUUAGCUGCAACUAA